AACGCCUGUCCUUCCCCUUCCACUCUUGUGGUCUUUUAGCUGCUUUGACAGUUGAACUGAAGGGCUUUCCUUUUGUUCUUUUUCAUUCUCAGUGCUCAGACUCAGACUGCUGUAGUGAGAAGAAGUAAAACUAGCAGCUCUUUAAUGCUAGAGAAGGAGCUUUGUAGCAGUUACCUUGAAGAAAAGUUUUCUCCCCAAAGGAGUAUUUAAGAUUACAUGGGCGCUGACUCGCUGAACAGAGAGAGAGAAUGAAUAUAUGAGAGAAUGAGAAUAGGAGAAUUCAUGUUCGCAAGAGAGAAAGAUACUUAACUAAAGAUGAAGGGGAGUUUUGCCUCUUCCUGAAAGUAAUGUUAUUAGUUUUUUUUUUUUUGUUUUGGUUUUUAAAUCAUGAUGACUGCUAGUUCUGUGUAAAGUAUUUGUUCUGGAAAUACUGAAGUUGGAGUCUACCAGACUGAGGUUAGAAGCAUUUUCUUUGGCAGCAAGAAGAUACUUUAUAGAAGCCAUGCCUGUACUUGGGGUUGCCUCAAAACUGAGGCAGCCAGCUGUUGGGUCAAAGCCUGUUCAUACUGCUCUUCCGAUACCCAGUCUUGGCACUCCUGGGUCACAGCACUAUUCUUCAAGCCCUUUGGAACUGACUGAAUCUGAGAGCUCAGUGCUUUGUUGCAAGCUCACAUUACAUUCAACCUGCGAAUGUGAAGAGACGAAACCCGUCCAAGGAAAACCUAAGGAGACAGAGGACACCAAGAUUUACACGGACUGGGCCAACCACUACCUAGCGAAAUCGGGCCACAAGCGACUGAUCAAGGAUUUGCAACAAGACAUUGCAGAUGGAGUCCUGCUGGCUGAAAUCAUCCAGAUCAUUGCAAAUGAAAAAGUUGAAGAUAUCAAUGGAUGUCCUAGGAGUCAAUCUCAGAUGAUUGAAAAUGUUGACGUCUGCCUUAGUUUUCUAGCAGCCAGAGGAGUAAAUGUUCAAGGUCUAUCUGCUGAAGAAAUAAGAAAUGGAAACCUAAAAGCCAUUCUAGGGCUGUUUUUCAGUUUGUCUCGCUACAAGCAGCAACAGCACUAUCAGCAGCAGUAUUACCAGUCUCUGGUGGAGCUUCAGCAGCGCGUCUCUCACGCCUCCCCUCAGGCAGAAGCCAGUCAGGCCAAAACCCAACCAGAUAUGCAGUCCAGUCUGGCAGCCAGAUAUGCAACUCAGUCUAAUCACAGUGGAAUUGCAACCAGUCAAAAAAAGCCUACUAGGCUUCCUGGUCCCUCUAGGGUGCCAGCUGCAGGCGGCAGCAGCAAGGCCCAGGGAGCGUCCAAUUUAAAUAGGAGAAGUCAGAGCUUUAACAGCAUUGACAAAAACAAGCCUCCAAAUUAUGCAAAUGGCAAUGAAAAAGAUUCCUCCAAAGGACCUCAGCCAUCUUCAGGUGUAAAUGGCACCAUGCAGCCCCCCGGCACUGCUGGGCAGCCCCCGGCCUCCGCCAUCCCGUCCCCCAGCACCAGCAAGCCCUGGCGCAGCAAGUCCAUGAAUGCCAAGCACAGCGCCACCUCCACCAUGCUGACGGUGAAGCCGUCGAGCCCGGCCACCUCUCCCACGCCGCCUGCGGACAGACUGAAGCCCCCUGCCUCAGAGGGGGUCAAAACGGCUCCCUCGGGACAGAAAUCCAUGCUGGAGAAGUUCAAGCUGGUGAACGCGCGGGCUACCUUGCGCCCCCCCCAGUCCCCCAGUUCGGGCCCUGGCGACGGUGGGAGGGAGGAUGACGCCUUUCCCGAAUCGGGCGAAGUGGAGGGCUCCAGCAGUGGUCUGAACGGUGGCGGCUCAACCAACAGCAGCCCCAGAGUGUCCCCAAAAUUAGCCCCUCCAAAAGCUGGAAGCAAAAAUCUCAGCAAUAAAAAGUCUUUGCUACAGCCAAAGGAAAAAGAGGAAAAGAACAGGGACAAAAAUAAAGGCUGCACUGAAAAGCCCGUCAAGGAUGACAAAGAGCCGGUGACGGACGUGGCUCCAAAAAAGACCUCUAAAAUUGCAAGCUUCAUCCCAAAGGGCAGCAAGACGACAGCAGCCAAGAAGGAAAGUUUGAUCCCAUCUUCCAGUGGGAUUCCAAAACCAGGCUCAAAGGUGCCAACAGCAAAGCAGACGGUUUCACCCGGCAGCGCGGCAAGCAAAGAGUCUGAAAAAUUCAGGACUCCCAAGGGCAGCCCUUCCCAGUCCUCACCCAAGCCCGUAACUGCUGAGAAAGCGAGCACAUCCCACUGCCCUGCCCCUUUGGAAGGAAGGGAAGCCAGCCACGCCGCUCCGGCUGGGUCCUGUGCUGGGCCAGGGGCACCAGGCGGUGGGCAGAGUGUGGGAAAUGGUGCCGUCCAGCUCCCGCAACAACAGCAGCACAGCCACCCAAACACGGCCACGGUGGCUCCUUUCAUCUACAGAGCACAUUCAGAAAAUGAAGGUACCUCUUUACCAUCUGCUGACUCCUGCACCAGUCCUACUAAGAUGGAUUUAUCAUAUAGUAAGACAGCUAAGCAGUGCCUAGAGGAGAUAUCUGGUGAAGACCCCGAAACAAGAAGGAUGAGAACAGUUAAGAACAUCGCAGAUUUGAGACAGAACUUGGAAGAGACCAUGUCCAGUCUUCGGGGGACCCAGAUAAGCCACAGCACCCUGGAGACAACGUUCGACAGCACGGUGACGACGGAGGUGAACGGAAGGACCAUCGCCACCUUGGCAGGGCGACCCAGCCCCGUGACCUGGAGGCUGGGCCAGGCGUGCCCUCGGCUCCAGGCGGGCGAUGCCCCGUCCCUGGGCGCUGGCUACCCGCGCAGCGGGACCGCUCGGUUCAUCCACACGGACCCGUCCAGGUUCAUGUACACCACGCCUCUCCGUCGAGCCGCCGUUUCUCGGCUGGGCAACAUGGCACAGGUGGACACGAGUGAGAAGGCGGGCAGCGACCUGGACGUGUCCUCCGAGGUUGAUGUGGGUGGCUACAUGAGCGAUGGCGAUAUCCUCGGGAAAAGUCUCAGGACCGAUGACCUCAACAGCGGGUACAUGACAGACGGAGGGCUCAACCUGUAUACGAGAAGCCUAAACCGAGCACCAGACACGGCGACUUCCAGGGAUGUCAUCCAGAGAGGGGUCCAUGACGUGACAGUGGAUGCAGACAGCUGGGAUGACAGCAGCUCUGUGAGCAGCGGCCUCAGUGACACGCUGGACAACAUCAGCACUGACGACUUAAACACCACGUCCUCGGUCAGCUCCUACUCCAACAUCACCGUCCCGUCCCGGAAGACCACUCAGCUGAAGACAGACUCCGAGAAACGAUCUGCCACAGACGAGCCCUGGGAGAGCCCGGAGGAGCUGAAACAAACGGAGGAGGACUUUGCGAGCCACGGCGAUGGCGCUGGCAAGUGGAAGGGCGUUUCCUCGGGACUUUCUGAAGACCCCGAGAAGACGGGGCAAAAAGCCCCCCUGUCUGUUUCCCAGACGGGGUCCUGGAGGAGAGGCAUGUCAGCCCAAGGAGGAGCGCCGUCUAGGCAGAAAGCUGGAACCAGUGCACUCAAGACCCCUGGGAAAACCGAUGAUGCCAAAGCAUCUGAGAAAGGGAAAACUCCCCCCAAAGGGUCGUCUCUGCCAAGGUCUCCUUCAGAUGCAGGCAAAAGCAGCGGAGAUGAGGGGAAGAAGCCCCCCUCGGGCAUUGGAAGGUCCAUGGCCACCGGCUCUUUUGGAUUUAAGAAACCGAGUGGAGCAGGGUCAGCCGCCAUGAUCACCAGCAGUGGCGCCACCAUCACGAGUGGGUCGGCCACGCUGGGUAAAAUCCCCAAAUCCGCGGCCAUUGGUGGCAAGUCAAACGCCGGAAGGAAAACCAGCUUGGAUGGCUCCCAGCACCAGGACGAGGUUGCGCUGCACGUCAGCUCCAAGACCUCCCUGCAGUACCGCAGCCUGCCCCGCCCUUCCAAAUCCAGCCCCAGCGGCAUCCCUGGCCGUGGAGGCCACCGAUCCAGCACCAGCAGCAUUGAUUCCAAUGUCAGCAGCAAGUCAGCGGGGACCACCACCUCAAAACUCAGAGAACCCACCAAGAUUGGGUCGGGGCGCUCGAGUCCCGUCACUGUCAACCAAACAGACAAGGAAAAGGAAAAAGUAGCAGUCUCAGAUUCCGAGAGUGUUUCUCUGUCAGGUUCCCCCAAAUCCAGCCCCACUUCUGCUAGUGCCUGUGGGACCCAAGGGCUCAGGCAGCCAGGAUCCAAGUAUCCUGACAUUGCCUCCCCCACGUUUCGAAGGUUGUUUGGUGCCAAGGCAGGUGGCAAAUCUGCCUCUGCACCUAGUACUGAGGGUGUGAAAUCCUCCUCUGUAAUGCCCAGCCCUAGUGCCACGUUAGCGCGGCAAGGCAGUCUGGAGUCACCGUCGUCUGGCACGGGCAGCCUGGGCAGUGCUGGUGGGCUGAGUGGCAGCAGCAGCCCUCUCUUCAAUAAACCCUCAGACCUAACUACAGAUGUUGUAAGCUUAAGUCACUCGUUGGCUUCCAGCCCAGCGUCGGUUCACUCUUUCACAUCGGGUGGUCUCGUGUGGGCUGCCAACCUGAGCAGUUCCUCUGCUGGCAGCAAGGACACUCCGAGUUACCAGUCCCUGACUAGCCUCCACACGAGCUCCGAGUCCAUUGACCUCCCCCUGAGCCACCACGGCUCCCUGUCCGGACUGACCACAGGCGCCCACGAGGUGCAGAGCCUGCUCAUGAGAACGGGCAGUGUGAGAUCCACUCUCUCGGAAAGCAUGCAGCUUGACAGAAAUACACUACCCAAAAAGGGACUAAGAUACACCCCGUCGUCUCGGCAGGCCAACCAAGAAGAGGGCAAGGAGUGGCUGCGCUCCCAUUCCACGGGCGGACUGCAGGACACGGGCAGCCAGUCGCCCCUGGUCUCCCCUUCGGCCAUGUCAUCUUCCGCAGCAGGAAAAUACCACUUUUCCAACUUGGUGAGUCCAACCAACCUGUCUCAGUUUAACCUCCCCGGGCCCAGCAUGAUGCGCUCAAACAGCAUCCCAGCCCAAGACUCGUCCUUCGACCUCUACGAUGAUGCCCAGCUUUGUGGCAGUGCCACAUCCCUGGAGGAAAGGCCACGGGCCAUCAGUCACUCGGGCUCCUUCAGAGACAGCAUGGAAGAAGUUCACGGCUCUUCCUUAUCCCUGGUCUCCAGCACUUCUUCUCUUUACUCUACGGCUGAAGAAAAGGCUCAUUCAGAGCAAAUCCAUAAGCUACGGAGAGAGCUGGUUGCAUCCCAAGAAAAAGUUGCUACCCUCACAUCUCAGCUUUCAGCAAAUGCUCACCUUGUCGCAGCUUUUGAAAAGAGUUUAGGGAAUAUGACUGGCCGACUGCAAAGUCUAACCAUGACAGCGGAACAGAAGGAGUCUGAACUGAUAGAGCUGAGGGAGACCAUCGAGAUGCUGAAGGCGCAGAACUCUGCUGCCCAGGCAGCCAUUCAGGGCGCACUGAACGGCCCAGACCACCCUCCCAAAGAUCUCCGCAUCAGAAGACAGCAUUCUUCAGAAAGCGUUUCUAGUAUCAACAGUGCCACGAGCCAUUCCAGUAUUGGCAGUGGUAAUGAUGCUGACUCCAAGAAGAAGAAAAAGAAAAACUGGCUGAGAAGCUCAUUCAAACAAGCCUUUGGGAAGAAGAAGUCCACCAAGCCUCCCUCCUCUCAUUCGGACAUUGAAGAGCUUACGGACUCAUCCCUUCCAGCAUCCCCCAAGCUACCCCACAGUGCGGGUGACUGUGGCUCAGCCUCCAUGAAGCCCUCGCAGUCUGCCUCUGCGAUCUGCGAAUGCACAGAGGCAGAGGCAGAGAUAAUUCUGCAGCUGAAGAGCGAGCUCAGAGAAAAGGAAUUAAAAUUAACGGAUAUUCGGCUGGAGGCCCUCAGUUCUGCUCAUCAUCUCGAUCAGAUCCGGGAAGCCAUGAACCGGAUGCAGAACGAGAUUGAAAUACUGAAGGCAGAAAACGACCGGUUGAAGGCGGAGACCGGCAACGCGGCGAAGCCUGCUCGGCCCGCAUCCGAGUCCUCCAGCAGCACCUGCUCCUCGUCUUCCCGCCAGUCCCUGGGGCUUUCUCUGAACAAUCUGAACAUCGCGGAGUCUGUUACCUCAGAUAUUUUGCUAGAUGAUGCUGGUGAUGCAACUGGACAUAAAGAUGGCCGCAGUGUGAAAAUUAUAGUCUCCAUAAGCAAGGGCUAUGGCCGCGCAAAGGAUCAGAAGGCUCAGGCAUAUUUGAUAGGAUCCAUUGGUGUUAGUGGAAAAACCAAGUGGGAUGUCUUAGAUGGUGUGAUUAGGCGUCUCUUUAAGGAGUAUGUGUUCCGAAUUGACACAUCCUCUAGCCUUGGUCUGAGCUCUGACUGCAUUGCCAGCUACUGUGUAGGAGAUUUAAUUAGAUCUCAUAGCCUAGAAGUGCCUGAACUGCUGCCUUGUGGAUACCUUGUUGGCGAUAAUAACAUCAUCACUGUGAAUCUGAAAGGGGUAGAAGAAAACAGUUUGGACAGUUUUGUUUUUGAUACACUGAUUCCUAAACCAAUUACCCAAAGGUACUUUAACUUGUUGAUGGAGCAUCACAGAAUUAUACUCUCAGGACCCAGUGGUACCGGAAAGACCUAUUUAGCAAACAAACUUGCUGAAUAUGUAAUAACCAAAUCUGGGAGGAAAAAAACAGAGGAUGCGAUUGCCACUUUUAAUGUGGACCCCAAGUCUAGUAAGGAACUGCAACAGUAUCUAGCCAACCUGGCUGAACAAUGCCGUGCUGAUAAUAAUGGAGUAGAGCUUCCAGUUGUAAUAAUUCUUGAUAAUCUUCAUCACGUGGGCUCUUUGAGUGAUAUCUUCAAUGGUUUUCUCAACUGUAAAUACAGCAAAUGUCCAUAUAUUAUUGGAACAAUGAAUCAGGGAGUUUCUUCAUCACCAAAUCUAGAGCUGCAUCACAAUUUCAGGUGGGUGCUAUGUGCAAACCACACAGAACCAGUGAAGGGAUUUUUAGGCAGGUAUCUUCGAAGGAAACUGAUAGAGAUGGAAAUCGAAAGGAACACACGCAAUAAUGACCUAGUCAAAAUUAUAGACUGGAUUCCUAAGACAUGGCAUCAUCUCAACAGUUUUUUGGAAACACACAGUUCCUCGGAUGUUACCAUUGGUCCACGGCUUUUCCUUCCUUGCCCCAUGGAUGUAGAAGCUUCCAGAGUAUGGUUCAUGGAUCUCUGGAACUACUCCUUGGUACCUUAUGUUCUGGAGGCAGUGAGAGAAGGUCUGCAGAUGUAUGGGAAACGAGCGCCUUGGGAAGACCCCUCAAAGUGGGUGCUUGAUACAUACCCUUGGAGCUCAGCAUCUUUGCCUCAGGAAGGCCCAGCAUUACUUCCGCUGCGACCAGAAGAUGUUGGGUAUGAGGGCUGUGUGUCCACGAAGGAAGCCACAACCUCAAAGCACAUUCCACAGACUGACACAGAGGGGGAUCCCUUGAUGAGUAUGCUCAGGAAACUCCAAGAAGCAGCCAAUUACUCGGGCACACAAAGCAGCGAGAGCACCAGCCGCCACGAAGACGUUCCGGAUUCAUCUCUUGAAUCUACCCUCUAGAGGGUGAAGACAAGUUAGGGGAAAAGACUAUGGUUUAAGGAAAAAAGUGUUUCAAAAGGAAGGUAUUUUCACUAAACCACUGCCAGUAUGAAGGCACCCUGUCAAGGCCCCCGAUCCAGAGUCGUGGUCUCCAUGGAGGCAGCAGAACCAAGUCGGAACCGCCAAGACGCUCAAUUGACACGGAAGCUUCCCUUUAUUUUCUUUCUAGGCGUUUGUAUAUCCUUGGAGUGAUGUGUGGCUCCAUUACUCACUGGACCCUAACGACAGGGCAACCUAGGAGACUGCCCAUGGGAGAGCCAACUGGACUUUAUGCUUUUUCCUCUUUAAACGUUUACAAUGCAGACCUUCUUUGCUUUCUCUUUUUUUUCCUUUCCUUUCUUUCUUUUUUUGUUUUUCUUUUUGGGUUCCCUCCUUUUGUUUCCUCUGUGGGGCUGUUCUCCCCGAGCAGGGUCCAUUCUUCUGAUCCGUCCACCCUCCUUCGUGCCACAUGGUGCUGGUCGCAGAGCCCCAGGAUGUUUGUGUUGAGCCCUCACCCCGUUGCAGAACGACGAGGCCAGCCCUCCGUAAGCACAAGUGCGAUGGUGCGACCGCCAGGGAAACAGCACUGUGGCACCUGGAUAAGUGCCAAUGCCAUGCCUAACUGCCGUGUGCACGCGAUGUGCUCCACCAACUUUUCCGUGUAUGAGUCACAGGUUUUAUAAGGUUGUUUUACCACCAAUGUCUUUUUAAACCACCACCUGCCCACUCCCUUCAAAAGAGUUUUAUACCAGUUAUUAGUCAACACUGACAAAAGGCUUUUUUAGGGCUUUAUGUGUUUGAGCCUUUUCAGUGAAAAGAAGAAACAUUUCCUGUGGUGCUGUCUCACUGCCUUAAAACAGAUUUCUACAACAGUUUAACAGGUGGUUUAAAUCCAAAACCAUCGGUAAUUUCCACUGUCUUUUCAUUUACAACCAAGCAACAUCCGUUAACACAGUAGCCUCAUCUCUCUCUCUCUUUUUUAUUUUUUUGUUCUUGAAGAAAUGGAUAGGAGAAAGAUCGGUAUUUUCGCCUUGUGAAUAGAUUGUUUCGCAUAUCCUCCGGAAUAUUCAAGUAACCCAGAAACCCUCUUGGGCUGUCACUUCAGAGCUGAGCCGUAUGGCUGCAUUCAAUCUAGUUUUAGGCGAAAGAGGUUCAGAAGGCAGAAGAUGUGGAAUUUUUGUCCAGUACAGCUGGAUAGAGCAUGAGCACAAUUAUUUGGCUUUUCCUCUCUUAUUCUGUUUUUUUUUUUAAUUAUGCUUAUGAGUUCUGAGCAUGUUAUUUUGAUUGCUGUUGUUGUACCUGAGAAAUUCGGCAUUCGAGAACACUGAUGCAGUGACGUCACUGUGGCUGAGGAAGCGUUUAUACUGUAAAAGAAGGUUAGAUUUGCACAGUCUACUGGGUAGGUAUUGUAAAUACUCAUUUUAAAAACUCGCACAAAUCGAAACACACACGCAAAAGUUGUAUUUUAUCCUGUGGGUGUGAAGAGGUGUUUCACUUGCUGAGAUUUCCUGUACGUUGCCAACAAAUACAGAAUGCAAACCCUCAAUGCUGUUAGUAUCUGGUGUGCUUGUCCUGUAUCUAACCGUUGUUCUGACUACGCAGGAGCUAUCAGUGCUAGAGUGAGCAUGCUUCAGAACGGCCCGUGAAGCCAGUGCAUUUCUGGAAAAGUGAAAAUGCCUGGAAGUGCAUCUGUCGUGCAGGCUUUUAGGCGAGUUCGUGGGCACGGAUGGGAGUGACUGGGCAAGUGACCCCACCCAGAGGACAGGUUUGACGUUUCCAAACGCAAGGGCUAGGCCAUGGCGUAGACUUGUUCUGUGCGGGUGGAAACGCGCUGCUUGCAGGCUGUGCAACUGGUGCUACCCUCCGCGACCACCCCUGGGUCCGUUGCUAUAGAACAGUAGCAACACGAGGCAUCUGUGCAGCCUGUCAGAGUGUCACGCAGUCCAUAGGCCUCCACGGUGCUGUUGCCCCGAGGGAAAUCUGAACUGAAUUUAUGCACAUAGAAUGGUCACCCUGACGCUGAAGCCUCAAACAUGGAUCAAAACUGUCAUGAAACAUCGAAAUACGGAGCUGGAUGAGUGACUCGUGGCCCUUGUAUUAUAUGUGAGCUAAGAGAACUGCUACUCUUUCCCUGCCAUUUUGAGCAACACAGUCCAAACAUGAUCAUAAACAGAAAUUCCUGCAAGACAUCCCAGUAGGUCCACCUAGUUUACAACUUAAACUAGUUUGUGAAACAUUUGUCUGUAUACAUUUUAUAUUUUGUACAUUUUUGAUGUAACAUACCAUGUAAAUAGAAACAGUGAAAUAAAUCAUCUGGAAA